UCCAGCCUCCACGACAGACGCAUAAACACACGUCGGUUAGAGAGAGAGAGAGAGAGAGAGAGAGAUGCUUGGGCAGUUGUCGCACGAGACGGAAGUGAAGGUGGGAGCAGGCAAAGCAUGGGAGCUGUAUGGCACGCUCAAGCUGGUCCUGCUGGCCAAGCAGGAAUUCUCUAAUACCAUCUGCGACGUCUUGGAAGGUGAUGGCGGCGUUGGCACCGUCAUCAAGCUCAAUUUUGGAAGUUUAUCCUAUACAGAGAAGUACACAAAGGUGGACCACGAGCGCCGCGUGAAAGAAACGGAGGCGAUCGAAGGUGGGUUCCUGGACAUGGGGCUCUCGCUGUAUCGAUUGUGAUUCGAAGUGAUAGGCAAGGACGAGGAGGAGUCGUGCGUGAUCAAGUCCACCAUCGAGUAUGAAGUCGCCGACGGGGCUUCCUUCGACGUCUCCAUCAUCUCUAUCAAGCAGCUCGCAGAUAUGGCAGAAGUCGCCAAGAAGCACUUGACCGCCACGGCCAGCGCCGAAUGAACACCCGCAACACGAGUAUCUAUUCGGGGUCGGUUGGACCAAAAAUAUUAUAAAUCAAUAUCUCCUUGUUGCGUCGCUCUUUUCAUGUAUAACGUGAGAAUUGUUCCCGAGUGAUUUUUAA